AGUUAGAACGAUAAGUACAAGACUACUAAGUUUCUGACGCUAGAGCCACGAAGUAAAUCAUGAUUUCUCUAUGAAUUUUAACAAUUAAAGGUGACAAGUCAAUGGUUUUUUAUUCAUGAUGGCACUAAGACCAACGUGACCUAUAUGUCUUCAUCCAAUGGGGUAAAGAAGGUCGGAGGUCAGCAGACAAAUCAGGAUGAACGGAGAAGUGAGCGAUAUACAUGACAUCAAAUUGAAAAUCCGAGAACUGAAUCAGCACAUCGUGUGUAUCCUGUGUGCUGGCUACUAUAUUGAUGCUACGACUGUUACAGAGUGUUUACAUACCUUUUGUAAGAGCUGCAUCGUGAAGUAUCUUCAAACCUCCAAGAUCUGUCCCAUGUGCAAUCAGAAAGUCCAUGAAACCCAACCUGUGCUGAACCUCCGGCCGGAUCGGACCAUGCAGGAUGUCGUUCUGAAAUUAGUCCCAAAGCUUUUUGAGAAGGAAGAGCAGAGAAAGAUGGAGUUUUACAAAUCACGAGGUUUAGACAAAGUCCAAAGUAAAGUCCAGCAGAAGUCUUUCAGUGGCAAGCUUGACCCGACAGGAGGUCACUUCUACAAGAACGAUGAACAAGUCUCAUUGUGCCUUGAAUACCUUGGAAAUGGACCCAGUCGAGCUGAGGAAGAUGCCGGCAUCACACAGCUAGAUAAGAAGUACAUCCGAUGUUCCGUCAGGACAUGUGUCUAUCAUUUACAGAAACUACUGUUGAAGAAGCUUGAUGUCUCCAAAGAUUCUGAGGUUUUGCUGUAUUGUGAAGAUGAAGAACUAUAUGAGGAAGAGCCUAUGAAGUACAUAUGGGUAUCACACUGGAAAGGAAAGGCUGCCCCAAUGGUUCUGAAAUACCAAAUCAUCUCUGGAUCCAGCACCCAGAAUGGGAUACACUAGACACCUCAACACUCUUUCAUCUGGUGUUAUACCAAUGCUUUCUUAAUCAUGUCAUGCAAACAUGCCACAUCUUGUUUGGAAUCCAUUUCAACACCAUGAUGUUCCACCCAAAUACUAUCAGCAUGACUUUGGUGCUUUUAUUUAAUGCCUUGGGAUGCCUUGCUGUUUGAAUUAUAUCAUUUAAUCUUCUUGGAACACUGAAUGUCUCAGGCAAGUGCUUAUCAUGGGACUAUUUCACUGAACAUCCUUCUGGUGCUAUCAUUUAUUUUAACACCAUAAUCAAGUUUAAUUGUCUCAAUUUGCUUUAAUAUAAGCACGCCACCAACUGCUUUAUAGAAAACUAUCAUGUAUGUUAAUAUGGUGCUAGUGUUUAAUCAAGCCUGAAAUAACCAACCCAUGUCGCAGGUUAACCCUGGUGGAUCGCUGAUUAUCAACACUUUAUCUGGUGAAAUGUGUAGGCCUGGUGUAAUUUUUCUCAUACUUCCAAUGUUCUGCAAUCAAGAAGCAUGAAAGAAGGUACUUUCUAUCAGUGUAACACGGACAGAACACCGAUGACCAACACUGAAUUGUUAUUCUGGUGUCGGUGUCCAUACUAUGAAUGUCCAACAAACAACCUCAAACCAGCCAACCUUGACCGAGAGCUGUGCACUGAUGACCGGGAGUUCAUGAGACGUGUAGCACCAUUGUAAAAGUAUUGACCACAAAUAUUAGCGCACCAGGUUGCUUUUAAAAAAAUCAUAAUUUAUGAAAAGAACCUGGCACCUCUUUAUGAAUAUCACAAGCCGCAGAUGCCAAAUCAAGAGAUGAUCAUCGCACCAGCACCAACUUUAUUUGCGCUGAUGGAAGCGUUAAUGAGAUCAAACCCUGAUGAAAAAAAAGAAGAUGAUUCGUAGGACAGUAUGAACAGCAUGAUUCAUCUCAAAUUCACUUUGCACUUCCAAUCCAUGCAUUAAUGCUCAUUCUGCAAUUACACUGACCAGACCAGCAACAGUUAGAUAACAAACCGAAGAUGAGGAAAUGCAAUACCUGGAAUGUCUCAGAUUAAAAAAAAAA